CCAUCUUUCAACAACAGUCCCAGAGAACUCAAACUGAAUCAUAUAAAUUCUUUCUACUUCAUCAAAAUGCCUUCAACCAAUUUUCCCUGGGUCAAAAAGCCCCUCUUAGCCAACGCCCCGAUGGCCAUGUCCGCCGGCCCCGCCCUGGCCGUCGCCGUCUCUAAAGCAGGCGGUUUAGGAUUCAUCGGCCCAGCAAUGGAUGCCAAUACCAUAGAGCAAAAUCUGAGCACCGCUGCCAAGGCAAUCUGGCAAUCCGAAUCUCUCUCUAGCCUGCUGCCCUCUGGUCACUCAACUCUGCCUGUCGGAGUAGGCUUUCUUCUCUGGAAAGAUGAGUUGCAAACGGCUUUGUCUGCUAUAGCAUCGCACAAGCCCUGUGCGGUAUGGUUAUAUGCACCCCGCAACGGCCAGAAGGACCUGAAUGAUUGGACACAGGGGAUCCGCGAGGCUUCUCCGGAAACGCAGGUCUGGCUUCAAAUUGGGACUGUGGCAGAGGCACGGUCCAUAGUCGAAAGUGCGCAUCGGCCCGAUGUCGUUAUCGUCCAAGGUGCUGAGGCGGGUGGACAUGGUCGAGCAAAGGAUGGGAUGGGGCUUAUUACUUUGCUACCUGAAGUCGCGGAUGUGUUUGUGGGAUAUGACAUCUCACUUCUCGCUGCUGGUGGCAUUGCGGAUGGACGGGGUGCUGCUGCUGCUAUCUGUCUGGGUGCGAAUGGGGUGGUUAUGGGAACACGAUUUCUGGCAUCGACUGAGGCGCGCAUAAGUAAAGGAUAUCGGGAUGCUGUUGUCCAGGCCACGGAGGGUGCUGUUAGUACUACGCGUACAUUACUAUAUAAUCAUCUCCGCGGGACAUAUGGAUGGCCUGAACCGUUUAGUCCGCGGACAGUGACGAAUCGCAGUUGGGAGGACCAUGUUGCCGGCGUUCCGUUUGAUGAGUUGAAGAAAUUACACGACGAGGUCCAAGCUAAGGGGGAUGCCGCAUGGGGGCCCGAAGGGAGGUUGGCUACAUACGCAGGAGCGGGUGUUGGAUUGGUUAGCGAGGUUCUGGAUGCUGGUGAAAUUGUGGAGAGAGUUCGGGACGAUGCGGCACAGCGCGUGAGGAGGGCACAGGAUGCGGUUUGAUGACAGUUCGGUAUUGUCUGAUGACAUUUCCUAUCACAAUGAAUGGACUGAAAUGGCAUGUACGAAAUACGACGUUCGCUUGUGUCCGAUGCAUAGAGAGUCCGAGAUACCGGCACGUGCCUCUGCCAUCUCGGUAUUGCCCCACACCCCGCUUAGCCAGUCCAAUAGGACUGGCUUACGGGAUAAGCUCUAGGCGCGAGGAUACUCCACUCUAAAAAAUCAUACCCAAAUAAGACUAGUAUCAGGCUGUCACACCCAAUCAGCGCAAGGG